AUGGCUCCAAAAGACCACGGCGACCACGAUAACUAUGUGAAGUCUGGGUUCGCGGGGAAGAUGGGAUGGGGAAAGAGGCCAGCGCUGCUGCUCAUCGAUGUCUGCAACGCAUACUGGAGUGAAGACAGCCCAUUGGACACCAGCUCGAAUCCUGCGUCCGCAGCUGCACCCGCCUCGAUCGGAAGACUUGUCGAUGCCGCGCGCGAAGGAAAGGUGCCAUUGAUUUGGACAAGAGUCGAAUAUACAGAGCCCGACAUGUCGGAUGCGGGUAUCUUCUUUUGCAAGGCGCCUUUGCUGAAGGUGUUCCAGAAGGGCAACGAGACGGGACUCGAAAGCUGGGUACCAGGAUUGGAGCCCAGAGAGGGGGAGCUCGUGAUUCCCAAGCGCUACCCGAGCGCCUUCUUCGCGACCGAUCUCAACACACGGCUCCAGCUGAAGGGCAUCGAUACACUUGUCAUUUGUGGUGUCAGUACGAGUGGUUGUGUGAGGGCUACGACGCUGGACACUAUGUGUUUUGGAUAUAGGCCCAUGGUAAGGCUACUUGGCGGCUUCAUGAGUCGUGUCACUAACGGGUCAAGGUCGUUAGCGAGGCCUGCGGUGAUCGAUCGCCUGCGGUGCACGAUGCUAAUAUCUUUGAUAUGA